AUGAUCACUAGCAAUUUAUUAGAGACAUUCAAUGGGUAUAUCAUCAAUGCAAGAACCAAACAUCUCAUUUACAUGCUGGAGGAUAUCAGGACUGCCCUGAUGCAAAGGUUGGUGGUUAAAAGAGUGGAAAUGGAGGCCAGCUCUGCAAAGUUGUGUCCCAGGAUUCAAGCUAAGUUGGAGAAGGAAAAAAAGCUAGCUGCCAAUUGCACUCCAAUUCCAUCAAUAAAUACAAUAUUUCAGGUCAACUAUCAUCUGGAUAGUGUAUCAGUUGACCUUGAAGUUAAAUCUUGCACCUGCAGGAAGUGGGACCUCACUGGUAUCCCCUGUUGUCAUGCUGUAGCCAGCAUAUUCUUCUGUAGAGGAGAUGCUGAAGACUUUGUGGACCCAAUGUACACAAGAGAGAAUUACCUGAGAUCUUAUGCAGGGUCAAUUCCACCUCUAGUAAGUGAAAGACACUGGCCACUAGUCACUUCUCCUCUCAUCCCACCACCCAUUAAAGUUGGGCCUGGGAGACCAAGAAUCUAUAGGAGAAAGGACCCACAUGAAAACCCAAAAAAGCCUGGGAGAUUAACCAAACAUGGGGUUGAAAUGACAUGUACAAUAUGCAAACUUAAGGGCCAUAACAAGAAGACUUGUCCAAAUAAAGACAAAGCUCCUAGUCAUCCACUUCACAAAAAGGCCAACACAUCUGAUGCUUCAACUCAGCAUGGUGCUUAG